UAACGCAAUCAUAACACCUUGUCACUCUAAUGUGAAGAAGACGGGAUAGAUGAAAAGCAAUUGACCAUGUUACUUUCGCCUUUAUUCAAACAAACGCUUGAAUUACUGCGUUGCUAUAUUUUUGUGAGUCCAACACUUAUGACAGAUAGCUUGUUAUCAGAAAUGAUGCAAACCGCACUGGUUAGUGGCCGGCGCUGCUACAGCUCAUCUGCGAUCGCUGCCAAGAAGUGGAUCUACGCAAAAGUAUUCAAAGGAGAACCAACGCAGGAAAACUUUCAAUUGCACACCGAAAAUUUGCCAGCUUUGAAAGAUGGAGAUUUUCUUGCCCAGGCCGAGUACAUCAGCGUUGAUCCGUACAUGCGGCCAUACAUGAUGGCCUACCCGGCUGGAUCGCUUAUGAUCGGCGGUCAGGUUGGAAAGGUGAUCGAUAGCAAGAAUGCAGCAUUCCCCGUAGGAGCUUCAAUCUUCGGUCAGUUUGGCUGGCGUACGCACACCGUUUGCAAUCCUGCGACGAUGAAAGCAGAUCAGCCUUACGUGCUGCCUAGCUUUGGAAAUCUGCCCAUUAGUUUGGGACUGGGUGUGCUAGGAAUGCCGGGUAACACUGCCUAUUUUGGAUUGUUGGAACUGUGUUCGCCGAAGAAGGGAGAAACCGUUGUCGUAAGUGGCGCGGCAGGCGCUGUGGGUAAUCAUGUUGGGCAAAUCGCCAAAAACCUAGGAUGCAGAGUAGUGGGAAUUGCUGGAUCUGAUGCAAAAUGCCAAUGGUUGAAAGAUCUUGGCUUCGAUGAAGCCAUCAAUUACAAAACAGCUAACAUAUUUGGAGAAUUGAAAAAGGCUGCCCCGAAAGGAGUGGAUAUGUAUUUCGACAACGUUGGAGGACAAAUAUCAGAAACGGUUAUCAAACUUAUGAAUCUACAUGGCAGGAUCGCUGUCUGUGGAACAAUAUCGAACUACAACACGGCAGUUGAGAAGGUAACUGAUCCUCUGAGGCAGAUGGUCUUCAAACAGCUGAAGAUGGAAGGCUUCGUUGUGUGGCGUUGGAACGACAGAUGGAUGGAAGGCAUCGAAGCCAAUUUGAAGUGGAUCAACGAGGGCAAACUGAAAUGGCACGAAACGGUAACGGAAGGCUUCGACAAUUUACCAAUAGCAUUUAUGGACAUGUUGAAGGGUGGCAAUACGGGUAAGGCGGUUGUGAAAAUUAAUUAAAAACUAAUCUGUGUUUCUGUUGAGAAAUAUGCUGAAAGUUUGCAAUAUUAAAUGCAUUUGAAACUUG